AUGCCUUCGGGCAGCGUCAGUCUCGUCCCCAAUACGGAACAACAAUUCUUAUUGGGGCGCAUUUUAUGUUUUACUUUGGAUUCGACCUUGUUCUCCUGGCGCAAUGAACUGUUGUAUAUUAUGCUAACGUCUCCCAGAUGGUUGAAUAGGGUUGCACGUUCUGCAAAAUGCUUUCUGCGUCCACGAGCGGUGCGUCGUUCGCUUGCAAGCGUCGUCAAUGCCACUCCACAGGCCCCGCGUGAGGAAUCAAUUCGACUUCGUGAAUAUCAAGAAGAAUGCAUUCAAUCAGUGUUGUCGUAUCUCGGCAAAGGCCACAAACGUCUAGGUAUAUCGCUUGCCACAGGGAGUGGGAAGACGGUCAUAUUUACACAACUGAUUGACCGAGUCGAACCACCGAACAAAACUGCCCAGCAGACCCUCAUCCUCGCUCAUCGGCGAGAGCUGGUUGAGCAAGCAGCUCGCCACUGCGAAAGAGCAUAUCCAGAGAAAAGUAUAGAUAUCGAGAUGGGAGAGACACACGCAUCCGGCGCCGCAGAUGUCACAGUCGCAUCUGUUCGCAGCAUGAUAUCUGGAGACCGUCUCAGCAAGUAUAACCCGGACAGAUUCAAACUGGUUCUUGUGGAUGAAGCGCAUCACGUCGUGGCACCUGGAUAUCUGCAGGUUUUGGAACACUUCGGCUUGGAGGAGAAAAGGGAGGCAAGCCCGGCCUUGGUUGGCGUAUCUGCAACAUUCUCCCGCUUUGAUGGUCUCAGACUGGGCGCUGCCAUUGAUCAUAUCGUCUACCACAAGGACUACGUCGACAUGAUCGGCGAGAAGUGGUUGUCCGAUGUCGUGUUCACAACGGUAAAGUCGCAGGCUGACUUGUCCAAAGUCAAAUCAGGAAGAGACGGAGAUUUUCAGCCAGGGCAGCUGUCUGCAGCAGUAAACACCGAAAUCACAAACGAAAUCACAGUGAAGGCAUGGCUCUCUGAAGCGAGCGAGCGAAAAUCCACCCUCGUCUUCUGUGUCGACAUCAGGCACGUCGAGACACUCACUUCCACCUUCCGCAAAUAUGGAAUAGACGCUCAAUAUAUCACAGGUGCCACGAAGAAAAGGACGCGGGGAGAACGACUCGAAGCCUUCAAGAACCGUCAAUUCCCUGUCUUGCUCAACUGUGGGGUCUUUACUGAAGGUACCGACAUGCCCAACAUUGAUUGUGUCCUGCUCGCACGACCCACUAAAUCUCGGAAUCUACUCGUCCAGAUGAUCGGCCGUGGCAUGCGUUUGCAUCCCGGCAAGACAGACUGUCAUGUAAUCGACAUGGUAGCGUCUCUUGAAACUGGCAUCGUUACUGUCCCGACCCUCUUCGGCCUCGACCCAUCUGAAGUAGUCAAGAAUGCCAAAUCCGUCGACAUGAACCAGCUAAAAGAACAACGAGAAGACGAAGCAUCCGUGAUAUCCUCCCAAGUUACAUCUCCUCUCAACCCCAGUUCCCUGUCCGACCACCGACUCGACUUUACCCACUACGAAACAGUCCACGACCUGAUUGAAGACACUUCUGGGGAGCGCCAUGUCCGCGCCAUGUCACCCAACGCCUGGGUCCAAGUGGACUUGCACAGAUAUGUCCUUGCGGCACGGGGCGGGAUACUGACCCUGGAACGCCGUCUCUCCAGUGACCCCAAGUCACCGGAGUCCACCUUCGUUGUGGUUUGGAAACACAGCCUUCCACCCAGCGAAGCUAGCAAAUCCCCGUGGUCGCGACCACGCACAGUGGCCACUGCCUCAACACUCUCCGACGCCCUACACGCCGCCGACACCUUCGCCGCGACGAAAUUCGAACGCAUCUUCAUCGCCACCAGCUCGUCAUGGCGCCGGAGCCCCGCAUCCGAAGGCCAAUUGGGAUUCCUCAACCGUCUACGCGGCGUCGGCGCCAGCCUCGAUGUCGACGAGGAUGUGCCACUCUUGACGGAGAACGACAUCACCAAGGGCCAGGCCGGCGACAUGAUUACGAAAAUCAAAUUUGGCGCCCGCGGCCGGUUUGAUAAGUUGCAGGUCAAAAAGAGGAAGGUCGAGAGGGAGAUGGAGAAGGAUCGCAAGACCAGGGAGAUGAGAGAGCGCGAGACUGUCAGAGUUGGGCCGCUGGAGGCUUGA